AUGAGCACGAAUGAGGACUCCAAUGUUCAUGUGGACGACGCAGCAGAUUUCGAGUCGUUCCACUUGGAUUCGAGGCUUUUGCAAGCGAUCAAAUAUAACGGUUUCGAAAAGCCGACGUUGAUCCAGUCUAGCGCAAUCCCGCUGGCCCUAGAACAAAAACGAGAUGUCAUUGCUAAGGCAUCCACUGGCUCUGGUAAGACUUUGGCUUAUUUAAUCCCGCUAAUCCAGACUAUUCUCCUGCACAAACUCUCACAAACUGACGAAGGCUCUAGUCAAAAGACUCUGGGGAUAAUUUUAGUUCCAACUAGAGAAUUGGCACAACAGGUGCAAUCCAUGUUGAACAAGCUAAUUCUUUAUUGUUCGAAGGAAGUGCAUUCUCUAAAUUUGUCCUCCCAGCUUGCGGAUAAUGUGCUAACAUCACUCCUCUUAGAUGGGCCCGAGGUUUUGAUUUCGACUCCUUCUAAGCUGUUGAAUGUUUUAGAGACCAAGAGCAAUGCUUUGUCGGUGGAUGCCUUGAAAGUUCUGGUUAUCGACGAGGUUGACCUUGUUUUAACAUUUGGCUACGAGGAUGACCUGAAUCAAAUUGCAAAAUAUUUGCCGCUUAAGAAGAAUCUACAGACGUUUUUGAUGAGUGCUACCUUGAAUGAAGAUAUUCAGGAAUUGAAAUCGCGUUUUUGUCGUUCCCCGGCGAUUUUGAAGCUGAAUGACGAUGAGAUCAACAAGGAUCAAAGCAAGCUUAUUCAGUACUAUGUCAAGGUAUCUGAAUUCGAUAAGUUUUUGCUGUGCUACGUCAUUUUCAAGCUAAGUUUGAUCAAGGGUAAGACACUGAUUUUUGUCAACAGCAUUGACAGAGGUUAUAGAUUGAAACUCGUGCUUGAGCAGUUUGGAGUUCGGUCAUGUAUAUUAAACAGCGAGCUGCCAGCUAAUUCCAGACAACAUAUUGUUGAAGAAUUCAACAAAAAUGUAUAUCAAUUGCUUAUUGCCACCGAUGAUACUGAAUAUAUUAAAGAAGAGGAUGAAGAUCAUCAAGAAGGCGACAAUGAAAAAGCAGAAAACAACCCAGAAGGAAAUCGCAAGAACAAACUAUCUGGCUCAUUGACCAAAAAAGAUAGAGACUAUGGUGUUUCCCGCGGGGUGGAUUUCUUGAAUGUUGCAUGUGUGUUAAACUUCGACUUACCAACUACUUCGAAAUCCUAUGUUCACAGAAUUGGCAGAACUGCUCGUGCCGGUAAGUCUGGAGUUGCCAUCUCUUUUGUGGUACCUUUAAAAGAAUUUGGAAAACAUAAGCCAUCCAUGUGCCCUUCGUCGAAGAAAGACGAAAAAAUUCUCUCCAAGGUCAUCAAACAGCAAAGUAAAUUGGGUUUUGAGAUACUUCCUUACUCGUUUGACAUUAAUCAAGUGGAGGGCUUCCGCUACAGAAUGGAAGACGGGUUCCGUGCGGUAACGCAAGUUGCUGUACGCGAAGCACGGGUGAAAGAGUUAAAACAGGAAAUGCUGGCCAGUGAAAAAUUGAAGAGGCAUUUUGAGGAGAAUCCACAAGAUUUGCAUAGUUUAAGACAUGAUAAAGAACUGCAUCCCGCUAGAGUUCAACAACACUUGAAAAGAGUUCCCGAUUAUCUACUUCCCGAAGCUGCAAGGAAAGACAAGAAAAAAAUAGGGUUUGUUCCUUUCCACAGUGCCAAAAACUUGAAGCGUAAAAACAAGGUUUACAAAAACAAGAAUAAUAAUAAGAGAGGUGCUAAGUCGGAUCCACUCAAAAACUUCAAAUAG